AUGGCCAAAAACGGGGUCUUUGUUGACAUGGUCGGACUUUUUGGUCGUUCUAGUACUAUUGAAGGUAGCAUAGGUGUUAAAAAUGCGCACCAAUAUGAGCCAGACACUACUGUGGUUCUCUCUAUCGGAUCCCUCAUUAUUGGAGAGUCUAUCGUCAAGCCAUUGCUGACCAUAUCUGAUCUUGUGCCUAUGAAUGAACCAACCUGGGACCCCCAAGUUAAUAAACCUGGCGAAUUUGCUAUACAGUCUGACCCCUGCGCUAGGGUUCGAAAAACCUACUAUCAUCGAUAUACAUGUUCCAUACGUCCUAACAAAAAUUUAUCCGAUCUAGAUGAGAUACUUCCAAAAGUCUGCGGUGAAUUGAAGAUACGGCCUAAAUCUAUUGCCCUCACCAAAAACCACCCACGGCGAGCGGCAGCCGAAUUCAAAGUGAUUCGAGAUAUUCGGAUUCCGGUACGAGACGGAAACUACGUCUUAGGUGAUAUUUAUCUCCUAUUGGAUCACCGCAACAAAUGUCUGGUAUGA